CACAAAAUCCCAUCGUUUAGGGUUUCUUUCAUCCACCAUCCGCCUCUAACAAUUUGAAAACUUUCGAUUUUUUUCUGUUCUCUUUCCAUUUUACCCCGUCUUUCAUCUUCCCCGUCCCGAUCAACCCGACAUUCCUUCCAGGGGACAUCAAUGCGCCCGUUGAAUAAGAAACAAUGUAGGCGUGCUACAAGAUUUGUUGUUAUUGCUUCACAAUAAUUUAAUGCCCAGUAAUAAUAAGGUUUUAGACUUGGAGACUUAAUCUUGGCAAGGGUUUGCCCUCAAAGCUGAUUUGGAGGCUUCAAGCCUUUAAAUGGAUGAUUUUGCAAAUGAGUUUCCAUAGGAAUACAAAGCGUAUUACUAUUUUGAGUAGAGAUGAUUUUAUCUGCACUGUUGACUUCUGCUGGUAUAAACACAGCAGUCUGUGUGGCUUGUUUCUCUCUGUAUUCAGUUCUAAGGAAGCAACCGAGCCUCCUCAAUGUAUACUUUGGGCAGAAGCUGUCUCAUGUCCCACUAAAAUGCAAUGAUCCCUUCUGUUUUGAGCGCUUUGUUCCUUCUCCUAGUUGGAUUCUGAAGGCGUGGGAGACAUCUGAUGAAGAAAUGAAUGCCGUUGGAGGCUUAGAUGCUCUGGUCUUUGAUCGUACAAUGGUUUUCAGUAUCCGCAUAUUCUCCAUUGCUGCUAUAGUUUGCCUUUUCCUGGUGCUGCCACUAAACUAUUUCGGCCAGGAAGUAAAGCACACGCUGACUCCUGGGGAGUCAUUGGAGAUUUUCACCAUUGAAAAUGUCAAGGAAGGGUCUAAGUGGCUUUGGGCACAUUGCCUUGCAUUGUACAUCAUCACCUGCUCAACCUGCACUCUUCUUUACUUCGAAUACAAGUACAUCACGAGUAUGAGGUUGGCAUACAUUAGAUCAUCUAUUUCCAACCCAAGUUAUUUCACUGUUCUUGUCCGCGGGGUCCCAUGGUCUGAAGAAGAAGCAUACAGUGAGAUGGUGGCAAAAUUCUUCACGAAUUAUUAUGCAUCAAGUUAUUUGUCUCAUCAAAUUGUAUACCGCUCUGGUGUUGUUCAGAAACUGGUGACUGAUGCAGAAAAAGUGUACAGGAUGCUAAAACCUGGACAGAAUGGGUCGAGUUUAUUGAGAUGUGGAAUCUGUGGAGGAAAGUCGGCAUCCUUCAAGAUUCUCUCCUCUGAUACUGAAGUUGAUAAAGAAAGAAGGGAUUUAAAUGGCCCCAACUUGAGAGAUCAGGAAUGUGCAGCUGCCUUAGUGUUUUUUAGGACAAGGUAUGCUGCAUUGGUUGCUUCACAGGGCAUUAAAUCUCCAAAUCCAAUGUUAUGGGUGACAGAUCUUGCUCCAGAACCAAGAGACAUGUACUGGUCAAACAUUUGCGUACCCUAUAGGCUUCUAUGGAUCCGCAAAAUAAUUAUUCUCAUGGCUUCCAUAUUUUUCGUGGCCUUCUUCCUUGUCCCGGUUUCUCUAACCCAAGGCCUCGUCCACCUUGACAAGCUCCAACACACAUUUCCCUUUCUCAGAGGAGCACUGAAGAGGAAGUUCAUCAUUCAGCUUGUGACAGGAUACCUUCCAAGUGUUGUGCUGAUACUGUUUUCUUACAUGGUCCCACCCAUAAUGAUGUUGUUCUCCACAAUGGAGGGCUCCAUCUCCCGCAGCGGGAGGAAGAAGAGUGCCUGCAUCAAGAUCUUGUACUUUAUGGUUUGGAAUGUUUUCUUUGCACAGACAAUUUCUGGGUCAGUCAUUGAUGGGUGGAGUGCAAUUGACCAAUUGGGUAAAAACCUUAAAGACUUUCCUAACCUCCUGGCCAGGGCAGUGCCGUCAACAGCUACUUUCUUUAUAACGUUUGUUUUAUGGAACAAAGACGAGUCGACUUAUGGGACGAUGACAUUCCCUUAUCACACCGAAUUCCCUAGGGUCCUCCUCCUCAGCCUCCUCGGAUACACUUGUUCCAUUCUUGCCCCUCUCAUUUUGCCUCCGUUGCUCGUUUACUUCUUUCUUGCUUACAUUGUAUACCGCAAUCAGAUUCUGAAUGUAUACGUCACGAAGUAUCAGACCGGGGGACGCUAUUGGAUCAUUGUGCACAAGGCAACAAUGUUCUCGGUGGUGCUGACGCAGAUAAUAGCAUUGGGAGUGUUUGGGCUGAAAAAAUCAACGGUGGCAACAGGCUUCACCAUUCCACUGAUAAUCUGCACACUGCUGUUCAAUGAGUAUUGCAGGCAGAGGUUUCACCCAGUGUUCAGGAAUAACCCUGCGCAGGUGCUUGUUGAAAUGGACAGGAUGGAUGAACAGAACGGGAGGAUGAAGGAAAUAUAUCAGAAGGUGACUUCCGCUUACUGUCAGUUCAGAAGAACUUCGCUCACGCUGGGUAACCCCGUUCCUCUGAACCCCAAUGAGAAAAACAUGCUUCAAGAACUAGAAGACGACGUGAAUCCAGCUGCACUGAGACCAGAUCAACUUCCGGGAUCUUGGAACGAGCACACACAGUUAGAGAUUGAAGAAGAGUUGCCAAACAAGUAGUAUAUACUGUAUGUAUUAAUUUGG